AUGUUUCUUUCUGUCUCCCUGUUUUCAGCCGUGGACGUGGCGUCCUCAGAGAAACUGUGCAGUUACCAGGAUGUUUUAAACCACCUGAACUUAACCAAAAACAAUGAGCUGUUCUUCAUGACCCGGCCGGUCAAAGACUACAGACUGGCCACCAACGUCUCCCUGGACAUUCUGCUCUACGCCAUCCUGGACGUGUCGUGGGAGAGUCAGCACAUUUCAUGGAAUCCCGCCGACUUCUGUGGUAUUAAGAAUGUUUCUAUUCCCAAUGAAGUCUUAUGGAAGCCGGAUCUCACCAUUGAAGAGAUGACAGAGAAGGAUCGAGCUCCUCCGAGUCCUCACCUCACGAUCCACAGUGACGGUUUGGUCCAUGAGCAGAACGACCUGGUGCUGGUCAGCACCUGCAGGAUGCACGUCUACCAGUUCCCCUUCGACACUCAGAGCUGCAACCUCUCCUUCAGGUCCAUCAUUCACCCUUCUGAGGAAAUCCAUCUUUUUUCCAACUCCAAAUCUAAAAAGGCCACAGAGGAAUCCAAGGACUUGAUGCGGACGCAGUACGAGUGGCUGUUCAUCAACAUAAAUGUCUCCAGUGAAAUGAUCAACUCGUUUGGCUUCGACCAAGACGUCAUCAUUUACACUAUCAACAUGAAGAGGAGGUCCAUCCUCUACAUCGUCAACUUCCUGCUGCCCGUCCUCUUCUUCUUGUUUCUGGACUUGGCCUCCUUCCUGAUCUCAGACAACGGCGGCGAGAAGCUGAGCUUCAAGGUCACCGUGCUGCUCGCUGUCACCGUGCUGCAACUCAUCCUGAACGAUAUCCUGCCGGCCUCGUCCAACAGGAUCCCUCUCAUUGCGGUUUACUGCAUUGGGGUUUUUGGUCUGAUGAUGCUCAGCCUCCUGGAGACGAUUGUGGUGAUGUAUCUGAUGGAGAAAGACUCGGCACCACAAGAGGACAAAGCGGAAAAAGACAGAUGCCUGAAGGAGGACAAACGAGGCCAAGUCAACUUCCACAACUGUGAAGAAGAAGAGAAGAAAUGGAGUCGAUGUGAUUUUUCUGCUGAUGAAACUCCAGCUGAACAGCUGAAGCUCAGCAGCAGCCGGAUGACGGACGAGUCCCAGAGCGGUGAGAAGCUCGCCGACGAUCUGAGGGAGGCGGUCGAGACACUGACUCUGCUCCUCAACAGGAAGGAGGAAGGGAAACCCGGCUACUGGACCAGAAAAACUAGAAUCAUCAACAAAGUCUUCUUUGCUUUCUAUCUCACAGCUGCCACGCUGUUUUUAGUCUGUAUGUUCUUCAACUGGAACACAGGACUUUAA